AUGCCUAAAGUUGAUAGUACCGGUACAGCUACCCGUGUAGUUUAUAAGAACAAGGAAAAAUCAUCAGACGAAUUUGUAAUCUUUGCCAAUCCCAACAUGAUUGAAAAAUGGCGCGAAGAUAAAACGAUUCCAAUUAUUGACGUCGUUCAAAGUUUUCAAAUUUUUGAAUAUCACGGAGGUCACACAGGUCAUGCAUCCCAACCAACUGCGUCACAGCUAAGUACAAUGUUCGAUACAACAGAUAAAACGGAAAUCAUCAAAGAAAUUCUUGAAAACGGUGUAAUCAAAUCCUUCACUGGUGACGGUCUUCAAUCACGGGGUGCUUUUGGUAAGGGUGGGAACAAAGAAGGUCCUGCUUCGGAUUAA